AUGGUUGACGCAAUAAGCUUGAUUGACAGUAUGAGCCAGGACUUUAUCGACGAUGAAAGUUUGGCGCAAUCGAUGUCGCUUCCUGGCUUCGGUUCCGAGAAUGAAUUAGAGCUGUUAUCGAAUGAUGAGAGCCUGAAUUUGGCGGAUUUUGGAGACACUUUCGAGCAUCCGCUUGAGAGAACGCUCUUUGAAAUAGAAGACGACCACGGAAUCGAUGCUGCAAUUCAACGUGUCACAAUUUGUAACAUUAUUUACGGAAAAACAGUUGAAACUGCUGAUGCCAUGGCGAGACUCUGUUUUGCCUACCAAGAUGCUGGUUUUCACGAACAAGUUCAAAAGCAUCUGCUUUUGCUUAAAGCUGCCGCGGAGGGUCGACCGGGAGCUAGAAUGGAGAGUGGAUCGGGAAACGAGCUCGUCAAGGCAAAAAUCGAUCUCGUCGCGGCAGGCCAUUUCCGUCACAAGAAUGAUUUUCAAAGAUAA